UAAAAGCAGCAGCGUGCUCAAAUCGACUUCCUGUGUUGGAAAAUAUGACUCACGGAGAACAACUUCAAGAACUACAUGGUAUCUAGGGGAAAACAAUACAUGCAUGGGGAAAUUCAGAAAAAGACCAACGAACACAUAUGCGCUUUCUUCACAGCAGCCGGCACUGUUGAGUUUUCGAAGAAAAUACCAGCUCCAAAUCAUUUGUGCAGGACAACGCAGCUCUAUAUUGAACAGUUUCUAAGAGUAAUAUUGAUAUGGGACCCAAAGAACAGAGGAGGAGGAAUAGAAAAAGAAUCCAAAAGGCCCAAAUGUUUUGUUUUGUUAGAUAAUAUCUUCAAGAUGAAAGUUAUUCAUUUUUUGUGUGUGACAACCAAUCAGUUGCUCUCCUACCCUGUGACAGAAAACCAUAAACUUCUGGAUGUGAUGAAUGUGAUAGAACAAGAAACAAGAAUCCCAGUUGCUGAACAAGAAAUCCUGUUUGCCAGUGGAAUAGUACCAGACAUCAACCAACCUGCUGUGCAAUGUUGGGAUGAACAGGGUGAAGAUGAGUCCAUAGUGUUCUUAUUUCACAAGAAAAUAACAGAUUUCAGUAACAGUAGUAGCAGUACCACAAGAAGGAAAGCCAAACCCAUUCCAGACCUGGUCCAAGUAAUGAUAGCUGAGCCAAAGACACUGAUGCCAUAUCAGGAUCAGAAAAAAACAUGGGGCCAUGCUGUGUAUUUCUGCAUGGAACAAGCCAAAGAUUACAAAAGACUGCUGCAAGCACAGAGAGCUGCAAUGUUGAACUUACUAAGAAACAACUCAAUAUUCACCAAGCUAAAAACACAAAUGACAACAGAAAUUACCAAGUUGAUGGCCAAGAUCGACUUCUCUAAAGAAAGUAUUACUCAAGACAUAGAGAGAUACGAAGAGCAGGAAAGAUCCGGAGGUUUAUCAUCUGAGAAGCUGAAAAAAAGUUGGACAAUGAUGAAAGAAGAAAUAAUGAAGUACACAAAACUGCAACAACAGGUCAAUGACCUGGAGGUUCACACUCAAGGACUGCAGACCAAGAUAGUAGAGUUACAGAGAAGUCCCUAUGCUAGAACAAAACAGACAGAUACACUGGGUGAAAUUGAGGCUGCUGCUAUGAAGCUGUACCAAGAAUUGAGGCAAAUGGCAAGAGAAAAGAGGCAGCAGAUUUCAGACAACACUGGCAUGGUUCAGGCAGUAGUGAGGUGCUACACACAGAGGGACAAACUUACUGGGGAUCUCUACCAACAUAUCAGCAAACUAGCUUCCUGCAAACUUGACAUGUCAGACCUUCUUCCUCGAGUUCAAGAAACUAUUGAUGACAUUAAAGCUGGAAGCAGUGUACUGAUGGCAUACCAGAAACAGAGGCAAACAGAGAUGUGGACUAUGUUGAAGAAACUGGUACAGAGGAGCCAGGCUCCAGGCUCUCAGCCUCAUUCUCUGACCAGCAGCUUGAUGAGGUCAACAUCCAGGCAGAGUGGGAGCAGUGGGGGCAACAGUUUCAGUCAGAUGUUCGAGAAAAAUAUGGAGGCUUCCUCGAUGCUUAGGACAGAAAACGAGGACAGCAAAACUAAACUGGAGAGCACACUUUCAAGCCUUGUACUUGAGCAGGAGGAAUUCUUGUCAGCUGAUAAUCAGUUGCAGUGGGAUUUCUUGGCUGAGGAGGAGGCACCCUCUAUACAGCAAGGGGCAGACUUGUCUUAGCGAAGAAUUUGAAUGUGCCAUUGACAUUAUUUGUAUGCAUGGAAGGUCCUCCAGACAAGAACUGUUUAUUGGAAGAUCUCAAUUUCCUAAAAUUUAUGCUCGGAAAAAAAUACAUUUGGAUAGAAGUGGGCAGAGAGUCAAUUAAAUAUGUGCAUCUAUGAACAUUUUUCCCACUUUGAAUAUAGGGAUGAGGAUGGGGGUAAAGCUCAUGCCAUUUGAAAAGAAGAAUAAAAACAUUCUCUUUUUCUGGAUUAUUUAGUGUAGAAUAAUUCAUAUAUAAAAUGUGCAUGUAAAACCUUCUCACACCUGCUGAAUUACCAAGAAAUUCAAGCAUUGGCACUCCUUUUGACAAUUUUAUAUCUAUGUUAGCAUAGUAUAGAUAUCAGAGUCAUUAAUAGGAGUGCUAGCUCAUGAAUAUCAUGCUACUGCUGAAUCAGCUGUUGCAUAACAAUCUUCUUACAUAUGCUUACAUAUUUGAGAACUUUUUAUUCUCUAGUAGAGUGCAUACCAUAAAAAAGUUCCUGUAUUGUAGGGUCAAUAUUGGUGCUAGAGCCUAAAGUGGAGUCAAAAAUGAGACCUUACUCUAGUGUCUUAUGACAGAUGCCUUUAGUGCGUUUUUAGAAUAUGCAGGUUUUGUAUGUAUAUAUGUAUAAUAUAGUAACAGUGUACAAUUCUGCAUGUGCUAAGAUCAUCUACCCAGCCUGAUAGACUGUUGUUUGUGUAACCAUGCAGAUGAUGUUUAAUUAAUGUUGAUGGUUGUUUAAAAUGGGAAUUUGAGAAUAAUCACUAUAAUUUAAUAUUUGGAAGGUCUGCAAUUAUUCUCUAUAGCUCGCGAUUUAUAAAUGAAUGAAAUUGUGAUUCACUAUCUUGCUGCAGACUACUAAACAUGUAGUCAAACACCAUGACAUUUUCUCUACAUUGUAAUACACUAUGUUUACUGUUCCUCACAGAGUGGGUAGGUGGUACUGGUAUCAUGUAAAAUCUACCCACAUACAUGAUGUUAUUAUAAAACUGUUUACAUAAAAAGCUUAUCCAUGUAGCUUUAGAUACAUAAGGUAAAACAUAAAGAGUUUUCUACAACAUCAAUUAUAUCAAAAUUGGUGUUUUGCUUCAUCCAGUUGUUUUAAACAAUGAUGGGAUUCAUCUGAAGAAGGCCUUGUGAUAAGCUUAAAACACAGUGACCUCAUUUCAAGUGUAAGCUCCAGUAUGGAAUUUGAUUAUAAUUCCAUCUUUAUCUUAGUCCAUAUAGUAUUAUUAUAUAGGCAUACAAUUGGUAAAGGUCAGUCCUCCUGGGAGGACAGUGCUCUGGACAAAUCUGCUUAGAACCAAACUGGACACCUUUCAAAGCUAACUGACAUUGAA